AUGGCCUCAGUGACACCUGUAGAGGAAAUUCAAGAUGAAAUCAAAUGUCCCAUCUGCCUGAAGUAUCUGACAGACCCAGUGUCCAUACACUGUGGGCAUAACUUCUGCCGAGUCUGCAUCACUCAGUACUAUGAGACAUGGGUAGAGGGGGACUAUGACCCUGUGUGCUGCCCCAACUGCAGAGCCCUCAUCCAGAAAGGGACUCUCCGGCCCAACUGGCAGCUAGCGAAUAUAGUCAACAAAAUUAAACACAUGGAUUUAAAACCAGGAAAAGAGAAAUUGUGUAAGAGACACAAUAAAACCCUGGAUCUGUUCUGUGAAGAGGAUGGGGAAGCCUUGUGUGUGGUUUGUGAGAGAUCCCCAGAGCAUGGUGCUCACACAGUGAUUCUCAUGGAGGAGGCUGCCCAGAAAUACAAGGAAAAGAUCCAGGAGACUCUGAGGGAAGAGAGAGAAAAGCUGCUGGGAUUUAAAGCAACUGGAGAGAGAAAAAGUCAGAUGUAUCUGAUUCAGACACAAACCGAGAGGCAGAAGAUUGUAUCUGAAUUUCAGCAACUGCAACAGUUCCUGCAGAAACAAGAGCGACUCCUGCUGGCCACACUAGAAAACCUGGAAAAGGAGAUUUUGAAGAUACAGAAUGACAAUGUCACUAAACUCUCUGAGGAGAUUUCCUGUCUCAGUGACCAGAUCAGUGAGCUGGAGGGGAAGUGUCAGAAGCCAGCAAGUGAAUUCCUGCAGGUAAGACAGAGUUAGAAAAAUCCCAGAUCCGUGCAAAGGGACAGGAC